AUGGACAAGUUUGUAGUGCGGCUGCCUCAGGGAGGGACAAUUAAAACGUCGAAUAUCACCGAGAAGGUUUACAAGCAAGCUACUAUAGAAUCCUUACGGAGGGUGGUCGUCAUUGAGGACAUUUUGCGUUGCAAGUCCAUCCUGGAGCUACCAGGACAGAGCAGAGACAACAUGUUGAGUGCCUUGAACGAGCUGAGCAAGAAGAUACCUUCCAAGGAGGUGCUGAGGUCCACAAAAAUAGGUCAUACUGUCAACAAACUGCGGAAGCACCCUGAGCCUGAUGUGAGCUCGGUAGCUGUUGGUGUGUACACGGCCUGGAGGACGUCCGUGGUGGAAAAUUCCAACAAGCCAUCCAUCGAAGUGCGAUCAGACAAGCAAUCCGAAGGGCUCAGGAGCAAUGCCAGGAGACUUCUUGGCGAGGCUCUGGAGCUCAAGGAAGACUGUGGCUUGGUGGACUACACGGAGAGGGAGGUGUUCCACCAGAACGGCAGGCUUGUCAGCCGCUCAUACCGCAGGACGGUGCGAGCUCUGGUGUUCGCCUUCAGGCGACAGCCUGAGCUCAGAGCUCAGCUGAAGCAGGACCAGUCCUCUGUCGCACAGCUCGUGUCCAAGUAUAAGAGAUAA